GUCAGUUUAAAUUUGAAAUCUCCCUGAGCGCUUCAGUCAGUCCGUCAGUGAGUUUGAAGAGGUCAUUUAGCCGCUAUAUGGAGAAAAAUGACUGAAGAAUCCGCUGUUAAAGUGUGUGUCAGGGUCAGACCCCUUAUAAAGAGGGAGGAUUCGGAGACUUCAGAACACGGGCAGUUGUUCUGGAGAGCAGAUAAACAGGCCAUACAUCAGAUCGAUGAUGACGGAAAUCAAACCAAGAGCUUCAGCUUCGACCGUGUUUUCAGUGCUGAGGAGACCACCAGUCAACUCUAUCAGGACAUCGCCAAACCUCUGGUUGUGUCAGCAGUUGAAGGUUAUAAUGGGACGAUAUUUGCUUAUGGACAAACUUCUUCUGGGAAGACCUUCACCAUGAUGGGUAGUGAACAUAACCCUGGUGUGAUACCACUCGCCAUGGCUGAUGUCUUUAAAACUAUUAAAAAUUGUCCAAAGAAGGAGUUUCUCCUACGUGUGAGCUACAUGGAAAUAUACAACGAAACGGUCACAGAUUUACUCUGCGACAGCUGGAAGAGAAAACCUCUGGAAAUUCGUGAAGGGAACUAUAAAAACGUGUAUGUAGCUGAUCUGACAGAAGAAAUGGUGACGUCUCCGGAGCAGGUCCUGUCCUGGAUCACCAAAGGAGAAAAAAACAGGCAUUAUGGGAAGACUAAAAUGAACCAGCGCAGCAGUCGCUCUCACACAAUUUUCCGCAUGAUCUUGGAGAGCCGGGAGAGAAGUGACCCAGCGUCUGGAGAAAAUGCUGAAGGAGCCAUCAUAGUGUCACACUUGAACUUGGUUGAUCUUGCCGGUGCUGAACGGGCGAGUCAGACAGGAGCUGAGGGAGCCCGGUUUAAAGAAGGCUGUAAUAUAAACCGCAGUUUGUUCACGCUGGGUCAAGUCAUCAAGAAGUUAUCUGAUGAGAGUCAGAAGGGCUUUUUGAAUUACAGAGACAGCAAACUCACCCGAAUACUACAGAACUCUUUGGGUGGCAAUGCAAAAACUGUCAUUAUCUGCACAAUCACCCCAGCCACUGUCGACGAGACCGUGAGCACUUUACAGUUUGCUAGUGCUGCAAAGCGCAUGAAGAAUGACCCUCACGUUACGGAGGUCUCGGAUGAAGGAGCUCUCUUGAGAAGAUACCGCAAUGAGAUUGUUGAUCUUAAACGACGGCUUCAAGAGGUUUCGUCUGUCACACAAACAACUGCAACUGAGAGACAGUCACUGUGCCAACUUCUGCAGGAGAAAGAUCAGCUCCAGAGAGAGCAGGAGGACAGAAUCAAGAACUUGACCAAACUACUAGUUACUGCAUCAAAUGUUGCCCUAAUCCCUAAGCUUCCCAAGAGGAGAGUGACGUGGGGUGGGAAGCUGCUGAGAUCUGCUCGUCUUCUAAAUGAAGUUCAUGGAUCAGGUGACAUGAGUUUUGCAGAGCCGUAUAUAAAGAAGAGAAGAGCAGACUUCACUCUACAUGAUGGAGACGAAAUGGAUGAAUUUGACAGCCGAUUUGAUUUCACGGCACUGGAUGAACCAAACGUGGACAUGGAGAUGAGCAGCAUCACUGUCCGCAGCUCCUCAGAAGGGAGUCAUUUCAUGGACUCGCCUCGAGCGAGCGAGCUGAUGUUGAAGGUGGCGUCUCUAGAGAGUCAGUUAGAGGCAGAGACUCAGAGCAGACAGAGAGCGGAGGAGAGGAGCUCAGAACUCCAGAAGAAGGUUUCUGAGUUGGAGAAGAAGCUGGAAGCUCAAGUCCAACCAUCAGAUGAAGAGAUGAAGUCGUCCUAUGAGCUACAGAUCUCUGAGCUGGAGAAGAAGCUGGAGAUGAUGGAAACUCAAGCCAAACCUUCAGACGAGGAGAUGGAUGGUUGCUAUGAGCUGGAGAAACAGAUGGUGGCGCUGCAGCAUCAACUACAGACAGAGGUUGAACAGAGACAGAUGGCAGAAGAGAAGAGCUCAUCACUGGAACUGAAGGUGGCAGAGCUGGAGAAACCAUCUGAAGCCCUCGCACGCUCGCAGCACACCUGUGAACAGCUGAGGAGAGAUCUGGAAGAGGCCAUUCAGAUCUGUGAGACUGUCGGCUUUGAGAAAGAUGCCAUUAUUGCCGAGCGAGACCUGAUCAAACACACUCUUGAGCUUUUAACAAAAGACCUGGAGACUCUGAAGGAAGAGAAGAACUCACUUCAGAAGGAUAAAGACACUCUUCAGAAAGACAUAGAGGAGAGGAAAGAUGCUGAUGAGUUUGAGAAACUAGAGCAGGAGAGCAAAAGAGAAUAUGAGAGAGAAUUAGAAGCCGAAAUCUCCAGACUGCAGAAAUCUUCAAAACAAUUGGAGGACACGAUUCAGAAGUUAGAGGCUGAUUUGGUGAUGAUGUCAUCAGAGCUUAAGAAGAAGACUGAGCUCACCACUGAACUGCGGAGUUUUAGUGACAAGGAUCUUGUCCAGGAAGUGACACAGCUACGGCGUUCUUUAGAUGAUGCAGAGUGCCUCAGUUUGGAGACCAAGAAAGAAUGGGCCUUCCUGCGCAGUGAGAACAUUUCCCUUAAAGAGAGAGACGUAACGCUGACUGCAGACCAUGAGAAGAUGGAAAGCGAGGUGAAGACACUUCAAGACAAGCUUGAGCAGGAGAAGUCUCGCUUCAAGAAAAUGCAAACGGAUCUACAGAAAGAACUAAUGGGUGCCUUUGAUGAAAACACCAAAUUAACUGCUCUCCUGGAUGGAAAGGUCCCAAAAAAUUUGACAGAUAAUUUUGUGUUGGAGAAAAGCAUUUCUGAAUUGCGUAAGGAGCUCGAUCAGUGCCGUCAGCGAGAGCGAUCUCUACAGAGUGAGAUGGAGGCACUUCCUGGUAAAGUGGAUGAACUACUGCAACAGGUGUGUGGUCUGACAGAAGAGCUGUGUUCUGUUAGAGACGAGAGAGAUCAUUUGAUAUCCGCUCAGUCCAGUUUAACUGAAGAUCAUCAGACACUGAAAGACGAGAUGUCUAAAGCUGAAGAUCAGCUGUUGAAGAUGGAGAAUGAUCUGAUUGAUGCUCAGCUGAAGGAAACCGAACUGACAGAGCAGCUCCAGAAGGUCCAGACUGAUGUACAACACAUCACACAGGAGAACAGCACACUGAUGAGAUCUUUAGAGGACGCCACACAGAAGUCGGUACAGUUGAGUGAAGUGCUUGAGAGUGUUCGUGGAGAGAGAGACAUGCUGCUGUCUGAGAAGAUGGAGGACCUUCAGAAAGACCCAGAUGAGCUGCAGAAUCUGCAGAAUCUACAUCACACCAUCAGCUCAAUAACUGAAGAGAGAGACCAACUCCAGGAGAUACUGCAGGCCAUCAGAGAGGAGAGAGACCAGCUCAAAACAGACAUGGAGGAAAACGUUGAGAUGAUGAUCGAGAGUCAAUCAGAACUGAGAGAUGCUCAGGAGAAGGUGAAGGAACUUCAGAGUAAAAUACACAAUCUGGAAUCACAGAGAGCACAAAUGGACGGCCAGCAUGAUGACCAGAGAAACAAUGAAGAUGGACAGCUGGAGAAGCUACAAGAUCAGAUAAAACAGUUGGAGGAGCAGCUCAGUGCUGCUGUUGUUGAGAAGGACCAUUUGCUGUCGGAGAGAUCUGAGCAUCUUGAAGCUCUGGAGAGGAUACAGACGAGCAUCGUGUCAUUAACAGAGGAGAGAGAUCAGCUUCAUGAGAGACUACAACAGCUUGAAACACAUCUGGAUGAGAAGAGUGAGAUGAUGCUGCCGGCUGAGUCCGAGUUGAAAGAACAGCAGCAGCAUUUGACCUCACAACAACAUGAUUCAGCUGAGCAGAAUGUCUCUCAGUUUCAACAGAUCCAGACACUGAAGGAAGAGCUUGAGACUUUGACAGAGGAGAAAAAUCAGCUCUCAUUAAACCUUCAAGAAACAUCUCAACAGGUGUGUGGUCUGACAGAAGAGCUGUGUUCUGUUAGAGACGAGAGAGAUCGUUUGAUAUCCACUCAGUCCAGUUUAACUGAAGAUCAUCAGACACUGAAAGACGAGAUGUCUAAAGCUGAAGAUCAGCUGUUGAAGAUGGAGAAUGAUCUGAUUGAUGCUCAGCUGAAGGAAACUGAACUGACAGAGCAGCUCCAGAAGAUCCAGACUGAUGUACAACACAUCACACAGGAGAACAGCACACUGAUGAGAUCUUUAGAGGACGCCACACAGAAGUCGGUACAGUUGAGUGAAGCGCUUGAGAGUGUUCGUGGAGAGAGAGACAUGCUGCUGUCUGAGAAGAUGGAGGACCUUCAGAAAGACCCAGAUGAGCUGCAGAAUCUACAUCACACCAUCAGCUCAAUAACUGAAGAGAGAGACCAACUCCAGGAGAUACUGCAGGCCAUCAGAGAGGAGAGAGACCAGCUCAAGACAGACCUUGAAGAGAGCAAUGGAAUGCUAAUGCAGGUACAGCAUGAACACAUCAGUCCACAGCUGCAGACUGACAGAACACAACCCAAUGAGCUGCUGCCGCAGAUACAGCAGCUUAAAGAUGAGCUGAAUGGAGUUAAUGAAGAGAAGCAGCAGUUAAAAUCAGACCUACAGGAGAACGUGGAAAUGAUGAUUGAACUUCAAGAGGACUUGAGAGGAGCUCUCGAGAAGGUGAAAGAUCUGCAGAACACAAUACUGGAGCUGGAGUCCAAACACCAGAACUCUGAAAACACAUCCCUACAGCAGAUCCAAGAGCUUCAGGAUCAGAUGAAACGGUUGCAAGAGGAGCUGGCGAGUGUUUGUAACGAGCGAGAGCGUCUUCUGUCUGAGAGGACCAUGAGUUCCCUCGAUGAGACUGAGUUGAAGGACAACAUCACUUCUCUAACAGAGGAGAGACACCAGCUCCAGGAGAUACUGCAAGGUAUCAGAGAGGAGCGAGAGCAGCUGAGGAGACACCAGGAGGAGAAAGAGGAGAUGAUGGUGCAGAUCAGAGAAAAGCUUCAGUCCGCUUGUGCUGAGAGAGACCAUCUAUCAUCUGAGAGGAGCAGAGAGAUGGAGGAGAUGAACUCCAGAAUGAGCUGUGUGACUGAGGAGAGAGAUCAGCUCCUGAAGACUCUACAGGGACUUGAAGAAGAGCGAGAGAAGCUCGAGACAGAUCAGCAGCUGCAGGAUGAGACGUUGUCCCAGUUGAGGGAACAGCUGCAGUCUGUCUGUGCUGAGAGAGACCAUCUGCUGUCUGAGAAGAGCACGAGUGAUCUGGAGCACAUGCAGACAAGCAUUGCCUCCAUUAGUGAGGAGAGACAGCAGCUCCUGGACAUACUGCAGACUAACAGACAGGAGAAGAACCAGCUGAGGAAAGACCUGGAUGAGAAAGAGGAGAUGAUGCUGCAGCUGAGAGAAGAGCUUCAGUUGUCUUGUUCAGAGAAAGAGCAACUGCUUUCUGAGAGGAGCAGAGAACUUCAGGAGAAAUCAGCAGAGAUGGAGACAGCUGCAGCUAACAUCACCGCUCUGACUGAGGAGAGAGACCAGCUGCUGGAGAAACUGCAGGCUGUAAGAGAAGAGACCAAUCAGCUGAAGAGAGAUCAGCAAGAAAAGGAUCAGAUGAUGAUGCAGUUGAGACAGCAGCUGCAGGCCGCAUGUGCUGAGAGAGACCGUCAUUUGGCUGAGAAAGAGACCGAUUUGGCAUGUAACCUAUCAAAUGCUUCAUCCAGUAUGACAUCAUUAAGUGAUGGAGGAGACCUCCAGGAAAUACUACAGGGUGUAAGAGAGCUUAUUCAGGUUCAAGGAGAACUCAAACAGAAGAAGCGUCUCGUGUCUGAUCCGUUGAGUCCUAUAGAGAAGCAGAAAGCUCAGCUUGAACAGAUUCAAGCGCUCAGUGUAGAGAUGGAGUCUUUGAGAAAUGAGAGAGUGUUACUCCGGAAAGAUCUUCAAGAGGCCGCUGACACUUCUAAAACCUAUCAGGAGUUACUUCAUGUCACAAAGGAAGAACUAAAGCAACAGCAGAAAGUCAACGCUGACCUAAUGACGCAGAUUGCUGCAAAAGAAUCUCAACUUCAACAACAGUUGAGUAAAAUUCAGGAAGAUCUUUCGGCUUUGAGAACCGAACGAGACCAACAUAACGCUGAGAUCCAGAACCUCAAAUCAAACCUCACCUCACUUACUAAAGACAAGGAUGAACUCCAGGACAUGCUGGAGAGAGCCAGAGAGGAGGGUGAUCUGCUGAGAUGUGAUCUGCAAAAGAGUGAGGAGACGAGAAACCAGCUGACUGUGGAGCUCGAGUCUCUUGGUGGUUUGAAGGAGCAACUGGAGAAUGAGAAGACUCGCACUGAGCAGAUCAUUGAGUCUUUAAGAGUCGUCACAGAAGAGAGAGAGAGACUCAAACAAGAGCUGGAGGGGAAAAUGGAGGAGCUCACACACAUUGAAUCAAAAGCAGGAGAGCUGGAGAAGCAAAAGAUACUUCUGGAAUCUGAAGUCCAUUCACUUAGCCAGUCUCUCACAGAGAUCAACUGUAGUAUGUCUUCUGGAAUGGAUCAGAGUAACGUUCAGACCAAGCAGAGAACUAAAGAUAUAAUCACUGAGAUUGACACGUCAAAUGAGAAGCUGCAGGCGGCUUUCACAAAGCUCCAGUUGAUCAUUAACCGUCCAAACGAGCAUUUAGACGAUGUGACCCGUGAUGAAUGGACCGCCAUCUAUCAUCUGCUGCCAUUUAUACCAAAGUCUCAGAGGAAAUUUCACGCCAACUUCACCACGAAAACAACUGAACUGAACGAUAACCUUCACUUGACUGCGGAGGCUUACAAGAAAUUUGCGGAGCGCUACAAGAGUCACUUUGAGACGCAGGUGCAGCGUGAUGUGGCAUCAUUCGAGGAGAGCCGACUGCAGGAUCUGCUCAUCCUCAUGACUCAAAAUCCAUCACAAUCUCUGCGAUCACUCCAAGAGGACUUCCAGCAGCUCUGGGAUCAGAGACUCUCACAUCUGCUGGAUAGACGUCAACACUAUCUUCAGAAAAUGGCAAGUGUUGUGACUGUUCUCGAGGACGGUUUGUCCAAACACACACUGACCGUGUCAGAGGAGCGUCAGGAGAGAACUCGAGCGAUACAGGAGUUCAGUGCAAUGCUCAGAUCUCCAGACACUGCUGCCAUCAUACAGCUGCUGGAGCAACACACAGUUCAACGCAUGAAAGUGACCGAGUGCUUGAACGCACAUGUCGCAGUGUUGAAUGAGUGUCACUUUGAGAUGUCCCUCCUCAAAUCGGCCUCUGUGGAGUCUGAACAGCGUCUGAAGGAGCAGAGGAGAGAGACUUUAGCACUGUUACAGACUCAAAAUGGCAUCCUGCCCAAAACUGAAGCUGAGCUCCUCCAGGAUAAUAAAAACCUGUCACUGCAGCUGCAACAGACACACAAACAGAUGCAGGUGAUUCAGGAGCAGAUGAAUGAUUUGAAGUCACAGUCUGAUGCUUCAAACCAGAAACAUCUGCUACAGCUCCAGGAACUGGAUGUCCAGCUGAAGGAGAAUAAAGCCCUCAUCCAGACCUUGGAGACCAAACUUAAAGAGUCAGAGGCACAGGCUAACAGGAACAUGACACCUGGAGCUGCUGAACUGGUGGCCAUAAAGGACAAACUGGUGAAAAUGGAGCUGGAUCACAUCGCAGUCACCACAAGCCAUGAGAAUGAAAUUGCACAGAUGAGCUCAGUGUUGGAGCACAGAGCAGAGGUCAUUCGGAAGCUUAAAGAGACUCUCAGGAAAAUGCAACAGGACGACGAGCAGUCUUUCCUGGACAGCGAUGAGGCCAAUCUUAAUUUAGGCGCAAACACACGUGCGGUCACUUCCCUCAAAGAGAAGAAGAUUGAGGAGCUGCAGAAGAAGAAUGCUCAGUUUGAGAGUCUGGUGAGUAAGCAGCAAGAGGAGAUCAUUAAAUGGAAGCGCAGAGCGUAUAAAAUGAAGGAGAGUAAUAAGGACGGUCUGUGCACCCCAACCAAACGACAGCCGCCUCUGACCAAAACUGAAGUGAACUCUCCAAAGAAGAUGUUCCUGGACUCUCCUAAGAGCAAGUUCUUUGACAUGCGCUCUUCUGUUCCCAUCAGCCUCAACUGCCCCACACAGUUCUUUGAUAACUCCAAUCUCGGGACUGUGCCAGAUUCCAGCUCGAGUGCUGCUGUUGGUUCUAAUAAAGCAGAUAAUAAAGUAGACGACUGGUGGCAGAUUCCUAACGCUUCAUCUACUGAACCCACUGCUGGUGUAAACACUAAUGGAUGCCCAACACAGUGAACAGCCCCUUUACACUUUAAAAUCAAACAUGGUCUGUUUCUCUGAAUUAAUUUUUGGCACAGCGGAGUCUUUGGAGUGCACUAGUUCCAGCUCACAGCACUAAAUGUGUCCUGAUGUAAAAGCAAUCUCCAACAAUAACCUGUAGGUCAAAGCUGUAUUGAUCUUCUGAACCCAUCCUCCAUCUGUUAUGCUGUUAGGAAAAAAGAAAUUAACAACUAUUUUAUGAUGACUAAAACUGAACUCAGCGUGAAUACUUCAGCCAGUGUGCAAUAACAGCUACAAACUAUAUAUGUGUUCUGUUGCCUUUUCUGUAUUUGUGCUGUAUGUUGUAUCUGUCAAGCCAGUUUUAUGUAAAUAAAGGCCGUUUUUUAA